AUGGCACUUUAUCCUCCUCCCCUUCCUCCUUUUCUCCUCUUCCUCCUCCUCCUCCUCCUUCACCCGUUCACACCUCGUGCUCUCUCUGCGGUGACCGUAACUCACCUCCCCGGCUUCAGCGGGGCUCUCCCCUUCCGCCUCGAAACCGGGUAUGUGAGUGUCGAUGAGGUGAACGACGUGGAGCUGUUCUAUUACUUCAUACAGUCGGAGCAGAGGAGCCCGAGGGAGGCCCCGGUCAUCCUUUGGCUCACCGGAGGCCCUGGCUGCUCAGCCUUCAGCGGCCUCGUCUUCGAAAUCGGUCCUCUGCAAUUUGUGACUAAAAAGUAUGAUGGGAGCGUACCAUCUUUGGUAUACCGCAAUUGUUCAUGGACAAAGAUUGCAAACGUUAUCUUCCUCGACUCUCCCGUUGGAACCGGGUUCUCAUUCUCUAGAAAUCCUGAAGGCUAUGUGCUCGAUGAUACAGGUUUAUCUAUACAAAUCCAUGAAUUUCUAAAGAAGUGGUUUAUUGAACAUCCAGAGUUCAUGGCCAACCAUCUCUACAUUGCGGGUGAUUCAUACGCUGGAAAGUUUGUUCCUCUUGUUGCUCAUGAGAUUGCGAAAGGUAUCGAAGCAGGCCAUAGUCCUCUCCUGAAUCUCAAGGGUUAUGUAAUUGGCAAUGCAGCUACAGGAGAAUUAGUUGAUCUGAAUUCUCGAGUUCCAUAUGCACAUGGAGUGGGCAUUAUAUCAGAUGAAUUAUAUGAGGCAAUUCAGAAGAACUGUGACGGAGAAAAUUACGCGAAUCCUAAUCCUCUCAACUUACUAUGCAGUUCGGCACUUGAUAAAUUUGACACGUUUACCUCAGAAAUUAACAAAGCCUAUACACUGGAUCCCCAAUGUCCUCUUGCAUCGCCUGGAAGAAGGCAUACGUCUCGUGAUCGGUCCUUAGAAGAGAAUUAUCCAGAGAUCCGUCUUCCGCCGGCUGCUCCAGAUAUCAAGUGUAGAUCAUAUUCUUAUUAUCUUUCCUAUUAUUGGGCGAACAACUAUAAGACGAGGGAGGCCCUUCACAUCAAGAAGGGAACAGUCAGAGAAUGGGUUAGGUGCAAUCACAGCCUUGCAUAUACAGACAACACACCGAGUUCAGUACCAUACCACCUCAAUCUAACGAAGAAAGGAUAUCGAGCAUUGGUGUACAGCGGUGACAAGGAUUUGCUUAUACCAUUUAUCGGUACACAAGCAUGGAUAAGAUCGCUUAACUACUCCAUUGUCGAUGACUGGAGAUCAUGGCAUGUAGAUGGCCAAGUUGCUGGAUACACGAGAAAGUACUCCAACAGCUUGACGUUUGCAACGGUAAAGGAUGCCGGUCACACUGCACCAGAAUACAAGCCUAAGAGCUGCUUCAUGAUGCUUGCCAGAUGGAUAUCUCACAGGCCUCUGUGAUCAAGUCAAAAGGAUGCAUCGUGUUUAUAGAAGCAAUACAAAAUUAGUACUGUCAGAUUCUAAUUACUAUAGUAAAUGUCUAUACCAGAAUACAAAAGUUUACUUUCAGAUUCUAAUUACUAUUGUAAAUGUGUAUAUCAGAAUCCACAAAAUGAUAAUAAGAUUAAAAAAUUUGUGAAA